UACAGAUGAUGAACCUCGGAGUGGAUCUGUUGAUUGAAAGCGAUUGUCCUCAGUAAGUCCAAUGCCAUGUGGCAAUCCCCCUGGAGCUGCAUGGGAGACCACACUCCCUCGUAAACCUACUUCUCAUGCCGUCAAGACCCUAGGAUGAAUAGAGCGUAUUCCUUCAUGGUUAAGAAGCAAAUCAUAAGGACAAUCCGACCGGCGGAUAUCAAAGGAUCACCCUAACCUGGACUUACACCGUGAAUUAGCUUAUUUUUGUGUGUUAAGUGUUUAUAGUUUCAUCUGAGAUACUUCCAAGUCAAAGACGAGGCAGGAGACGGCCUCCUUUCGAGUCGGGGAGGUGGAGGGGUAGAGGCCCAUGUGUUGCAAGACAAUUGCUGCAGCCGGCGGGAUAACGUAGCCUCGGACUGCCAACGCCAACUAGCCGUGUGGUCUUGACUCUCCCACUUCAGCAAAAGGCAGACCCCUCUAUCCAAUGGCAUGGGUCAAGUUCUUCAGGAAGCCAGGAGGCAAUCUUGCCAAGUCCUACCAGCCGGGGAGCAUGCUGUCUCUGGCGCCCACCAAAGGCUUGCUGAAUGAGCCAGGCCAAAACAGCUGCUUCCUCAACAGUGCUGUGCAGGUGCUGUGGCAACUGGACAUCUUCAGGCGAAGCUUGCGGCAGCUGCCUGGUCACUUCUGUCUGGGAGAGUCAUGCAUCUUCUGUGCACUGAAGGGGAUCUUUUCCCAGUUUCAGCACAGUCGGGAGCGUGCUCUGCCCUCGGAUAACCUUCGUCACGCCUUGGCAGAGACCUUUAAGGACGAGCAGCGCUUCCAGCUGGGCUUCAUGGACGACGCGGCGGAGUGCUUUGAAAACAUCCUGGAGCGGAUCCACCUGCACAUCGUACCCGAGGAGACAGAUGCCUGCACCUCGAAGUCCUGCAUCACGCACCAGAAGUUUGCCAUGUCAGUCUAUGAGCAGUCUGUGUGUCGUAGCUGCGGGGCAUCUUCAGACCCCCUGCCAUUCACAGAGCUUGUGCAUUAUGUCUCCACCACUGCCCUCUGCCACCAGGUGUAUCACAGGAGAGACGAGUCCUUCGGGGAGCUAUUACAAGCUGCCAGCACCAUCGGGGACUUUCGCAACUGUCCGAGUAACUGUGGCCAGAGGAUUAAGAUCCGUCGGGUCCUCAUGAAUUCUCCAGAGAUAGUUACCAUCGGGUUUGUCUGGGACACGGAGCAGUCCGACCUCACCGAGGAGGUGAUCCGCUCGCUGGGGCCUCAUCUCAGCCUCGCCGGGCUUUUCUACAGGGUAACAGACGAGCACGCCAAAAAGGGAGAACUGCUGCUCGUCGGGAUGAUCUGCUACUCCAGCCGCCACUACUGUGCCUUUGCCUUCCACACCAAGUCCUCCAAAUGGGUCUUCUUUGACGACGCCACGGUGAAAGAGGUUGGCUCCAGGUGGAAGGAUGUGGUCACCAAAUGCAUCAAAGGUCACUUCCAACCUCUCCUCCUCUUUUACUCCAACCCCGAAGGGAGUGCCAUCACUGUGGAUGACGCCUCACGCCAAAACAACAGCCACGUCCACCACAAGAUACCUGUUAACGGAGACGUCCAAGGUCCAGAGUCGCCACUUCUGGCACCCAGAAAGCUGAACCUGACGAGGGAAAACUUGAACGCGGUGCUGGGCCAAGGCUCCUUCAAACAGAACACCCCCUCCACUUUCAGCCGGGGCAGCGGGCAGACCAGCGGUGGCCGUGGACCAGUGAAGAUAGCCUCCAGCGACCCCAAGAGCCGCAUCAGGGACAUCUCCAGAGAAGUUGCCCAGAGAGCAGCAGAGGUCCGGGGGAUGCAUCCAUCCAGAAGGGAGCCUGAUAGGAGCGGCCAGCGGAGGCCCGAGUCACAUUACAAAGAUCCAGUUCAAGACAGGAUGUCCCGCUCUGCCUCCCCUCCAGAGAAUGGCUUCAAGCAAUACCUGGAGACCCGACUGUACAGCAGCCAGGGCAAAGGACCCACACGCACUGAGCGGACGCCCCACCUAGGCGGACGGUCCUCUCACGAACCACCCCGCUCUCACUCUCGGGUGCAGGUGUUGCCCAACAUGACCAGCAGUGGCGGUGGCCACCACAGCCGCAAGCAGGACCAGAUCUCCAACGGAUACGACACGGACAGCAGCCAAGAUUCGCGGGAGCGUCCCAGAAACGGCGGGAACGGCCGUAGCAGUAGGCCUACUCGACCAUGGAAGCCUAUGCGGGAAGUGCUGAAUGUGGACAGUGUCGUAAGCAGCGUCGGUACUGGCGGUGGUAGUUCGGGAAGUCAGGAGCGAAGGCAGCACAGCCCCAGGAGGAGGCCAAGUAGCCAGUCGCCCUCCCGCGAACGAGAACGGGACAGGGACUUCACGUGGGGAGGCCGAGAGGAGCGCAAGCCAAAGAGUCUUAUGACCAUUUACGAGGAUGAACAGAGGCACGAGAUCGGUGGCAGCCAUAGCUCGCUGGAUUCGGACAGCCGUGGUGGCCACAGUGACAAGGAUAGGUCAAAGGGUUCGGGGACCCUGAAAGUUCGCAACGACAACUGGAAGAUUCAGCGAACCGAGUCGGGAUAUGAAAGCAGCGACAGGCUAAGCAAUGGCUCAGCAAACCUCGAUUCACCCAUAGUGGAGAACCUAUCCUCCAAAGAGCUGAGGCCCAUCCCUGAACUCCAUCUGGCAAGGGAUCUAAACCCUCAGAGAAGAUGUGACGAAUCACAGGCCGACAUUUUGAACUCCUCAUUUUCUUAUGGUCAACACGCAAGGGAAUAUUUGGAUCUUCAAGAUGCCAAUGUGAAUGCUAGUUCAUGUUUACAAAGAAGAAGAGCUUUCCGAUACACUCCUGGCAUCCUGGAGAAGAACAUUGACCUUGAUAGUGAACGAGAGGAAAAUGUAGACGGUAGCCCCGUGAGUCCAGUGCCGCCAUACUUGGUAAAGACCAGCAGCUCUGAGUGGAACAGCUCAGAUGAUCUUGCCGGGCCGCUGUCUGAACAAGAAGAGACUACCACCGUUGCCAACAGAGACCCCUCCAUGCACAACUACCCUCAACUCGUCCCACCUUUACCACCAAAGACAUAUAGCCAGCGGCACACUGACCCAGCCAGCUUUAAUUCCCAACAAUUGGAGGUGCCAUCCCGGAUGAGCCCACGGGGUGAUUCCAAAAACGGCCCACCUUCCAUGUCGCGCACUGCCCUCCGUCGGUGGAUUGAGGCACCCACCGAGCACAAGCUCUCCUCUGAUACCAGCUCCAAGUCCGGCUCUUCAGACCAGGACAGGAACGAUCUGUCGGCCAGCGAGAGCGAUGAGAGGUUUCCCAGUCCAAAGCCUGAGGACCGUGGCAGUUCAGACUCCACCGCUUCAUCCGAAAUGGUUUUGCCCACAACGUACUUUUCUGUGGACAGCUGUAUGACGGACACGUACCGGGCCAAAUACCACAAAAGGCCCGCCUUGUACAUGAUGACAGACUCCAAAGGAAAGGAAGAUACUUCGUCGGGGGAGAGCGAUAUUGAAGGGAAGGGGCUUCCAAUACCAGAUGUCCAACCACCAGAGCCUCCAAAAAGCAGAUCAGAAUCAGGUUAUUCUACCAGCAAGCCUAUAGUGAAGUGGAACCCCGUCACCCCGAAAGGACUCGAUGAACAUGGGUUUCUAUGACUUUUGCAAAGCCUCUGAAGAAGCUCGUGAGAUUUUACGAGAGUGGAUUGGCAAAACCAGCUGUUAUCUGCCAUGCCUGCUCGCCAAUUCAAAUCCCUCUGAUGGGCGUUUUUGUUGACUUGCAGAGCUGUCAGUUUAUGAAGUCGGGACAUAAAUCUGGAUGCCAAAGAGAUUGGUCCUGAAACACUGUUGAAAGAAUGUGGACGGAGGUUCCCAGCAACACUGUUUGGCUGCCUAAGCUGCCGGGUAGCAUCUGAACUUUUGAAUUUGCACAGUAAGAAAAGCCAAAAAAAAAAAAAAGAGUGGAGGGAGAAACGCACACAAGAAGAAUGGUUGCUGCUAAUGAAUGCUUGGAGGUCGCGUAACUCAAAAGCCAGCGAGUGAUCUGUGGGCUGGAUUAGUGAAGAAUGUCUCCGAAAAAGCCACUUUAACCCUGAUGAGAUUAACAGAAGAACACAUAACAUAGAAAUAACCCAUUCUUAACCUGCUGUUCUCACAGACUUUGAAAUGCUAGUUUUUUUCUUUGGUGAAUUACUCUCGUUUCCGUGUCAAAGGCCCUCAUUCUGCCUAUUUAACAUUUUUCAGUGUAAGCAGGUUUUUUAAAUUCUGAAAUAUUCUUGAAAUUAAAGAUAAUUUUAAAAAAAAUGUUUCUCAGCUGUUAUUCUACAAAUUGGAUAUGUCUAUGAUGUGAGCACUAGUUUAAUAAAAUGGAUCCCAAGGGUCCUCGUGGGUACAAGGUGGUGGGCGAAUGUGUUGAAUUUUAUUGUUCCAUUGGUUAACAAGUAUCUGGCACAUUGACUUGCUGCACUCCUAAUGCCGGACACACACACACACACACUCAUCCCAACACUUGAUGUGUUUGGCUUUUAAGGUGUCUUGCAGAGUUUCGAAGUCGGUCUCCUCUUCACACUCCUUCCUGUUAUAGGCGUUCCCUUUGUUGCCCGGCUUAUGUUGGGGUCUGCCCUCAAAUGUUGGGACAUUUAUCACCUUUUCCUUUUCCACUUAGUCAAAACACACUCCUGCAGAAUCGGCUAUCAAAAAUCACGCCACGCUGGCGAGAUACGGAAAUGUCACGGUUUAUUUUCAGCAGACAGGCUUGCCUUGUUUUUAGCAGAUUGAGUUGCUGAACCCCAGCCCUGUGUUAUUGUUCGUUUUGGCAAACAAUAGUCAAUCUCAUUGCUGUUUUUUUAUAUUGUAUUUUUGUUAAAUGUGUUUUUUUUAUAUCUUCCUCAGCAGAAUUGACUGCACAGUGCCUUUGUAUUUUUCUAUGUCGAGAUGAGUUUAAAUAGGAACCGUGAUUUGUACAAUUCUGUCAUUCCUGAGAUUAUUUUGUAACACUUAAUUUCAUUUUUGUUAAUAAAAAUUGUUUAAUAAACA